AUGGCGGCGUCUUUGGCGUCGCGAGCUGCUCCCUUUGAGCCAUGGACCAAGCGCUCUUCACUGCGAGUCGACAUCACGCUGAAGGACCAGCCUGCUUCUGGUAUCUGCUCAUAUACGACACUUGACGCUAUUGAGGGUGAGGCAACAUUCACAGCCGACGUUGAUACUCGGUUUGAGCAGAUCUCCAUUUCCUUUGUAGGCACUUCAAGGACUCUGAUUGAGAGACCCGGAGCUGCAGGGCCGACUGUUGGCCGCUCCUCUGCGUUUCACACAUUCUUAAGGCUCGUCCAACCGAUUGAUGAGUCUGAUUACCCGGAACCUCGCAUCCUCGAGGCUGGUCGCAAAUAUACCUUCCCCUUCACAUUUGUGGUGCCCGAGAGGAUGCUUCCUCAAUCCUGUUCACACAAAAUGAACCACCCACAAGUGCAACUUGCGCACACCAACUUACCUCCUUCCGCUGGCGACCCUAUGCUCGCUGGCGAUGGGAACAGUCUGCUCGACGAUAUGGUGCCACAGAUGGUUCAGAUCCAAUAUAACGUCAGAGCGAAGCUGUCAAAGCACAACCCCAGCACUGGCACACUGCGAACCGUUAUUGAUCAAGGAAAGAAAGUUCGAAUCAUCCCGGCCACCGAUGUUGAGCCGCCGCUGGAUGUCUCUGAAAACAGCAUCGACUACUGUCUCCGAACCGAAAAGUCCGUCAAGAGAGGCGCUCUGCGCGGUAAACUUGGCCGCAUCGCAAUGGCUGCCGCACAGCCAAAGCCCUUCCAUCUCCCUCCCAUCCACCACCCCGGUAGCGAAGACGUUACGAUCUCCGAAGAACAAGAAACCCCGAGCACGCUUGUGAAGGUGCAUGUUCGAUUCGAUCCUGCCGAUGAAAACCAGAAACCACCUCGUCUUAGCACCCUUUGGACGAAGCUCAAAGUAUUUACCUACUAUGCCUCAGAGCCGUGGAAGGAUUUCGCAACUCGAGCAAAUAUGCCUAACUGGUCUCUUAACCAUGGCAUGUAUGCCGAAACUGUUCCACUUGAGACUCGCUGCAUCGCCUCGGUGCCAUGGACCAAGCACUCUGGCGACGCAAACUCUACAUUUUGCUCUCCAGCCUCAUCAUCGAGCAAUCUCGCCAUCACUACCCCCCUAUCCUCUGCCCCUAACUCCCGUCGAGGUUCCGUCCAGUCGACUUCCUCUAUUGAUUCGUCUCAAACCGGGCCUACAGCUGCCUAUGCCGGCAAUACAUACUACACCUGCACCAUUCUCGCGCCGAUCACAUUGCCGAAAACCAAGGCGUUUCUGCCUACCUUCCACUCUUGCUUGACCUCCCGAAUCUAUGCACUGGACAUGAGCCUCUCCGUCGUCCCUCCAAACACGAGCUUGACGGUGCCACAACUCUCCAUCCGUGUCCCGGUACAAGUUGCAGGCGCAGAGAGCCUGGCCCAGGCAGUCGCUCUUCGAGGCGAUAAUGUACAGAAUACCGACUCCUUCUUCACACCCAGGAGCAUUUCACCACCACCAGCUGAAUACACAGGACGUGCUUCCUUGGGG